AUGUUUCGAAUGUUUUUAACUCGAUGUUCGACAAUUGAUUUCCUUGAUAUUUCUGAUCGAAAUGUACCCGAUUUACCUUUACCAUAUUUUGCGGGAGCCGAAACAAGUUUAUCGCAUUUGUGUGAAUUACGAUGUAACAUGGAAAUUCCUCCAUCAAUAUUUUAUCGUAUGGCUCAAAUUUCUUCCGCUUUAGCGACAUGUUCUAAUACGUUAACGAACCUAACAUUCGGAGGGGAUUUAAUAUGUAUUCCAUCAUCUACUAUAGCAGAAAUUGUUAAUUUACAAGUAUUAAAAUUGGAUUUUAAUCAUUUUAAUCGUAAUUUGAAUGAAGAAAUUUUGGAAAGUUUAGAAUUCACGGCAUUCCCGAACCUUAAAAUGUUAAAAAUGGGAGGAAUACUUGCACCUUUAAUUAUGUUGGGAAGAUUAAUAAGAAGGACGAGAAAUAAUCUUGAAAGUAUUUCAUUACAUGGUUGGUCAAAACCCGACCCCAAACCAAUAGGAACGUUUAAUAGAGUCGUGGCUCAAUACGCUCCCAAAUUAAAAUAUCUUACCACUUGCCUUGAUAAUCCACUCGAUGGUGACCUUUUAUUUGAAAUGUUGGGAAAUUUAUGUCAUGAAAAAUUUUCCAAAUUACGAAUAGCAGGAAAAUGGACUUUUACCCCUAAAGGAUUAAAAAAAUUUUUUGAAAAAAGAAAGAAAAAGAAAAGAUCUUUUUCGUUAUAUAUCUGUGAUUGUUAUGAUGAAGUUGAUAGUUGUAUUGAAAUAACAAAAAGUCAUAAUCAAGUUAUUGAAAGGUAUAAGGCUGAAGUCUUUCAAAGUGAAAUUAUUGACAAACGUUCGUUAAAAAAGAGAAAAAGUUUUAUUUCCACAACCAAUGGUAGAUCUUCUGAAGACAUAUCAUUUAGUUGUAAUGUUGGAUCAAAAGAUUGA